AUGGCCGCGAUGCUCGAGUUCCGCACCCAGGGGUACAAUCCCUACGCGGUCAAAUACUCGCCAUACCACGACUCUCGCAUCGCCGUCGGCACAGCCGCCAACUUCGGCAUCGUUGGAAACGGCCGGCUAUUCGCUCUUGCGCUGACGGCGCAAGGCAUCCAGGUUGAGAAGACGUUCGAUACAAAUGACGCGAUAUACGACUUGGCCUGGUCGGAGAUCAACGAGAACCAGCUCGUGGUUGCGUGCGGCGAUGGAUCGCUCAAGCUCUUCGACAUUGGCAUGAGGGAGUUCCCAGUCAUGAUCUUCCAUGAGCAUAAGCGCGAGGCCUUUGCUACCGCCUGGAAUCCCGUCACCAAAGACAACUUUAUAUCCAGUUCAUGGGAUGGCACGGUCAAGAUUUGGUCGCCUACUCGCCCAUUCUCCAUCACGACUCUGCCCAUUGGAAGCUGCACCUACAGCGCAUCCUACUGUCCCUCCAACCCUUCCCUCAUCUCAGCAGCUUCUUCCGACUCCCACCUCCGACUAUUCGAUCUCCGAACGCCCUCAUCCGCAAAAUACCAUCUCGUCGCCGCCAUCCCCGUCCACGCAGCCCCCAGCAAUCCCGGCGGCCCCAUCCCCGCCGGCGGUCCGCCCGCCGAAGUCCUCACCCACGACUGGAACAAAUACCGCGACACCGUCAUCGCGACCGGCGGCGUCGACCGCAUGAUUCGAACAUUCGACAUACGCAAUCCGACCGGCGGGCCGCUCUCUAUCAUGCCCGGCCACGAGUACGCCGUGCGGAGGCUGACGUGGAGCCCGCACGCAAGCGAUGUCCUGAUCAGCGCCAGCUACGACAUGACUGUGCGAUUGUGGAACGAUGCCUCCAACCAGCCGCAGGGACCUAUGCCUACUACUCGCCCGGGGGCGCAGAUGGGUAUCAUGAACAGACACACGGAGUUUGUGACGGGCGUUGAUUGGUGUCUAUUUGGCGCUGGCGGCUGGGUGGCUUCUGCUGGCUGGGACGAGAGGGUCUUACUGUGGGAUGCCAACCUGUUGAUGCAUCCGCGGUGA